AUGUUCUCCCGAAAACCAGCCAUGAGGAAUCGUCCCCCCUUGGGGUAUAAGGUGAGGACCCUCAUUCAUAAGGUUACUCUGGCACUUCAUCCGUAUGUCAAAGUCGUUGUUCCGAAUUUCAGAAGAGCACAUUACGUCUACAUUAUCUCCAUGUCCUUCUUGGUGGCUAUAAUUUGCUACCCAAUAUCCAAUUUCAGGUUUAUAGAUAUUUUGUUUUUGCUGAGUGGCACAUGUACUCAAGCUGGCUUGAAUACUGUCAACCUCAAUGAUCUCUAUCUACUGCAGCAGAUUGUCAUCUACAUUGCAACGACAUUGACAACGCCAAUUUUCAUCCACGGCUCACUACUUUUCAUUCGGCUUUAUUGGUUUGAAAGACACUUUGACAACAUCAAGGAGAGCUCCAAAUUGAAUUUUAAGAUGCGCAGAAAUGCCACGCUAGCUGCCCGAACGAAAUCCAAUGACUCGACUAGAGUGAACACUGUCACCAAUCAGGGCUUAGGUUUUUCUAAUACGGCCACUUCAAACAUUGCACCUCAUGUCACUACGAAUGCGUUGGAAACUAUUGAAGAACCUUCAUCUCCAUCGCUGGCUUCCCCUAAACUGGGUCUGCUAGAAAAGGAGUAUGGUACCACUUUGUACAGUGAGCCUAGUGACAACAACGACGACAAAGAAGCAGAGCCAGUUCCACCAGAACAGCGCACGGUGGAGACUCGAAAUGCUAUCAAGUUCGGUGACUUGCCCCAUCCUUCCGCAGCAAGGAGAAAGGAAAUCGACCCUUCCGAUAUGUUCAAGUCGAUUGCCAUGCUUCAACACAAUAGACGUGAUAGCACAGUCGAUGACGAUGUGUUGGUGAUCAAAUCGCCGAAGGAAAUAGAAAAGGAGCUGAAUGGCCCUAUUUUCACCAGAAAAAACCUCAGUUUGUCAUCCUCUCCUCGGAGGCCAAGUAUGUGGAAAAGAAAGGGAUGGUCGCUUCGCAGAUCGUUGUCGAACACGCCAGCUCCCAAAGUAUUAAGGCGUAACUCUACUGCUCAUUCGGCUAACGAAACGGAGUCUAUUGAUAGCGAGGAUGAGCCUCGUUCUCCUCGAAGCCCUCGCAACUCCACCAGCAGACUGGUUGAUAUGGGAUACGAUGGUGACGACAACGAUGACGAAGAUGAUGAUGACGAAGACGUCGACGGAGAUGAUGAGCAGAGUGAUGGAGCCAGUAUUCGCUCAUUGUACUCUGACGAAGAUGUCAUCGAAUCAAUGGAUAGUGAAAAUGAUAUGGCUUCAAAUAAUGAUACUACAUUCGGUGGCCAUGACAGAAAGACAAAAUUCGCCCUGGAACCAAAGAUCAACAGACCAAAUAGGCGAAGAGCAAGGAGAAGACGUAGUGGGCUACGCAAAUGGAGAACUCCUAUGACCAGAAUUAUAUCCCGAAAUUCAGAUGUACUACAAAAUGAUUCCGACGAUGAAGAGCACUAUUUCAGUGAGGGAGGUAACUCAUUGAAAAGGUCAAUGAGCACGAAUUAUUUGUCCUGGGAACCUACGAUAGGAAGAAACUCGACAUUUGUUCACUUGACUGAAGAUCAAAAAGAGGAGCUUGGAGGUGUUGAAUACAGAGCCAUCAAGCUUUUAAUCAAGAUUAUAGUGUUGUACUAUAUUGGAUUUCACGUCAUUGCAUUCUCCUUCUUUGUGGGCUUCAUCAACGUGGCCAAAUCAUAUGGUAGAGAUAUGGAGGCGUUUGGUAUCCUGCCAACAUGGUGGGGAUUUUUCACUGCUCAAUCUGUGUUCAAUGAUUUAGGACUUACUCUUACACCAAACUCGAUGGCGACGUUCAGUCGGUCGGUUUACAUUUUGGUGAUAUCAUCCUUUUUCAUUGUCAUUGGUAAUACGGGCUUCCCAAUUCUACUUAGAUUCAUCAUUUGGGUCAUGUUCAAGUUUGCAAAACCAUUGUCGUUGUAUAAAGAGAGUCUUGGAUUUUUAUUGGAUCAUCCACGUCGUUGUUUCACAUUGCUUUUCCCAUCCGUUCCUACCUGGUGGUUGUUUUUUAUUUUGGUCGUCUUAAAUGCCACAGAUCUUAUUCUCUUCAUCAUCUUGGAUUUGAACAGCAAUUACUUGUCAUCAAUUCCUACUGGAUUCAGAGUGUUGGAUGGAAUGUUUCAGGCAUUUAGUACCAGAACGGCCGGGUUCAGUGUGAUUGAUUUAUCUCAGCUUCAUCCGGCGGUUCAAGUGAGUUAUAUGAUCAUGAUGUAUAUCUCUGUCUUGCCAUUGGCUAUCUCUAUCAGAAGAACCAAUGUUUAUGAGGAGCAAUCUUUGGGUAUCUAUGCACCUGGAGAUGAAUCAAAGCAUGAUGAGGAUUCACCAAGUAAUUUUGUUGGUACCCAUUUGAGAAAUCAGUUGUCUUUUGACUUGUGGUUUAUCUUUUUGGGAUUAUUCAUCAUUUGCAUUGCCGAAGGAAACAAAAUUGAUGCUCUCAACAUCCGAUUCACCGUAUUCACGGUGUUGUUUGAGAUCAUCAGUGCAUACGGUACAGUGGGACUUUCUCUCGGAUACCCUAACACCGAUCAGUCCUUCUCUUACAAACUCACCACUGUCUCGAAAUUGGUUAUCAUUGCUAUGAUGAUUAGAGGAAGACACAGAGGGUUGCCAUAUACAUUAGACAGAGCUAUCAUGUUACCAGAUGCAGACAUGAAGCGCAGAGAUGCCAUGCAAGAACAUCAUGCUGUCCAGAGAGCUCAAACAUUGGACAUGGCACCAACUGCAUCCACUGAAGGUGUAAGCUCCUCGCGUGCUGGAGGACGGCUUGAGGGAUUGAAAAGGACAAUCACAAGGACUGCAAGCACAUACAGGAGAAACUCCUUGUUCCCGACUCCGACUAGGUUACCAGAUGAACGAUAUGAGCACAAUGAGACACAUUCUUUUCCAUUUCCAUCUCGGCCUAGUGUUAGUCUGACAUAA